UACACCCUUUUGAGCUCAGAAAUUUGAAACAAGUAAGUCACCAAAACAAUUUUUUACAUCCUAAAAUCUAUGUAAAUGCAGACAGAAUCCACCAUAUGUCAUAUAUGGUUGUUAUUAAGCUCUGACUUUUGGAUUGAGCACAGUCAGCCAUUGUGCGCCGAUUUAUAAAGAUCAGCAUUUGCAACAGAAGAACACGCACUGGUCAAUAGCUCUGGUCCAGUGUGCCUAAUAAAGUGGCUUUAACACUUAAUGCUGAUCUUGUCCAAAAUACUUCGACACUGCUGACAUUGGGAAACCGGAAGAGGAAAACACAUGGAUUAGUGUAUUUACAAUCGGACUUGAUGCACCCGGUAUCUUUCUGCCAUCCUGAGCAGACCAAAUGCACUCUGGUGCCUUCCCGGACGUAUAACGUUUGCUCAGCGACUGAACUCAUUUAAAUCCCUUGUGGAGCGGGGGUUGUUGUUAAAUCAUUACGGAGGUCUGUUGCUGCGCGAUAUCUGCCGUUACCCACCAUUUGUGGAAGUGGGACAAGGGAACAGAUGGCGCAUCCAAGCCGCGUCGCUGAUGCUGACUGUUACUGGAGACGAGUACAUGAUAUAAUAUAAUGCUCAGGCUGUGCUCGGCUGCUAACCGUAUCUGUUUCUGAUGCUUUGGUGACCGUGGUGAGGCGUGGUUAACAGGAAACAUCGCGGAUUUAUCACACUGAUGCGCGUACACUCGACCACUGGCGUUAACUUUAAUCUCCUUUGACGUGUCUGACUUAGUGAACAAUGGUUGACAAUCGCUACGCCACAGCUCUGGUCAUUGCCUGUGUGCUGAGCAUACUGGCCACUGUGUAUCUGUCUGUGGCGAUUGGGACGCAGCACUGGUACCAGUACAGUAGCCCCACCGUGCGCGGAGAGGCCAACGUCUCCGAGCUGCGCUCUCUCUAUGAGGAGUUCAUGGACGGGGAAUUUGAUGAAAAAACUUACAGCGACACCUUGUUCCGCCUUAACGGGACUGUGGGCCUCUGGUGGAGAUGUGUGCUCGUUUCCGCCAACGCUGUGUGGUACAAGGAGCCAGAUGUCAAAAUGGUGCUUGAUUGUCGAAGCUUCACCCUACCUCAGCAGUUCACACCCAAGUACAGAGAGCCAGGAAACCACAACAGUGGAGAGAACAUGCUGCGCACCUACCUGUGGAGGUGCCAGUUCCUCCUGCCACUGGUUUCCCUGGGCCUGGUGUUGUUGGCAGGCCUGACUGGGUUCUGUGCCUGCCUCUGCCGAAGCCUCACCCCAACCCUUGGCAUAGGAGUGCUUCACUUGCUGGCUGGUCUGUGCACCCUAGCCACAGUGUGCUGCUACCUGGCAGGGAUGGACCUACUUCACAAGGUGUCCAUGCUCCCUGAUAAGGUUGAUGGCUCUCUGGGCUGGUCCCUCUACUUGGCCCUGAUUUCCUCACCACUCCACAUGAUGGCUGCAGCACUGCUUGUGUGGGUGGCUCGCAGCCACAAUCAGAAUUACUACCAAAUGACUGCAUACCGGGUGGCAUAGACGGAUCUCAUUUACACACCACCAAGAUGCAUUUUAUAAUGAUCUCAGAGGAACAGGAUGUGGGUUGGAUAGAUAUAAGUGCUGCAUUCAAACAACGGUCCAAUGUGUAAGAACUUAUAGCUUCCACUUCAAAACGCACACGUCCAUUUGGAGAAAUUAAAGCAGUUAUGCACUUAUACAAACAUACAUUCAGCGGUAGUACAUUCAAUUUCUGCCAAUAAACCCUCCUCAUUGUUACACACUGGACCUUUAAACCAACAAGAUAUGUAUAGUAGGUUUGCUUAACUGUAACUAGAGAGAAUAAAAAACAAAACUGCCACUGUUAUUUUUUGAUUUUAUUUUAUUCUUUUUAAUAUAUGCCCAUUGUUACAAUAGGUCAUAAUAAGACUCAAUACAACUUGUACCAAGUUCAUUGCAGACAAUUCUAAUUCAGAAUAAUCACUGGACUACAAGGCCAGAACACACUGCAAUGCACAAAUAGUCAUAUGUAGUAGGCUACUAUAUGUGGUAUGAAUGACUGUUUCACUGUCUCUCAAGCAUGUAGUUGAAAUGUCCAAGUCUGUGCAGUCUGCCCUUUCUCGGAAUGACAGUUGGGUGUGGUGACAUUUCCUCCUUUGUUACUCUAUAUAAAGCAUUCGUCAGUAACAUACAGGUGUACUGGGCACACCCUCAGUGUGUCUCUGUAGCACUGCAACGGGACAAACAAUGUAAGAUAUUUAUUUUUAAAGUUGCAUAAUCAGCCUUUUUUUCCAGCUGAUUUGAGACCCAGUCUAGGAAUGUGGACACUGCAGCAUCAGUGACAAUUACAAUGAAAGGUUAUUCCUGUCCUUGUGUUUUCAUUAUUGUCAUUUUUAUUAUUGUGGUUAGGACUUGACGUAAAAUACACCCUUCUUUUUUUUUUUUCUUUGAACUUAAUUGACAUUUAUUUAUUUGUUGAAACCUUUGAGGUCACAUGCAUAUUAUUGUUUUGACUGACUUUUGUAGAAUAGAACAAAGUUACAUGUACUCAACCGUGAUAGUGUUUCUUCACCAGUUUGUGUUUGGUUUUGUUGACCUCACAUGCUCAUAAAUGAGUUGUGUUUGUUAUUUAUUUGAUUUAUAUCUGUAUUUUGAUUUUUGUCAUUCCUUUUUUGCUACUGCUAUUUUCAACUAAGUACAGUCACUGCAAUGUAAGGGUACUGGGCCAUCUCUGUUCUGCAUUAUGAAUGUACUUUAAAUGCCAAUUCUGAACAUAUCUGGAUAUUGCUGUAAUGCCUAGUUGUGAAUUUAUAUUUUUUGACCUUGAAAAUAUCCCCGUAAUUAAACACAUUUUAAGAAAAAUAACAUCAUUAUUACCCAUUACUGAAGCGAAACAACACUCAACAAGGUCUGUGGAAUAAUGUCUGUGAAACGAUGCAUCUAUGUGAGAUCUCUGUCAGAUUGUAUUUGAUAAAAUCAGCCUUUACAGACAAUAAACCCUAUCUCUGAACCCAGUAGUGUUAAUGUAAAAACAGUUUGGCUGUGGGUUUGUUCCCAAUCUACUGUGACUGUUGUCCAUUCUCCACGUGUUGACAAUUGACUGUUCUAUCAAUAAAAGCUUCUUUUUUCAAAAAAAAAA